CCUUUUCUUCCAUUGCAGCUCUGAGUUCUGCACUGCACUGCACUGCGCCCUCUGAUACAUCAGAGGCCAAGGCGAAGGCAAAGCUCAGAGUGUGAGAAACACAAGGCAGGGCAGGACAGGGCAGGGCACCUCGCAGGCUCUCAAUACUCCAUUUCUUCAAAAUUGUACACUGCUACGGAUUCUGUGCGGCUGAAAGCAGCAGCUGAUUUAGUAGUGCUCUGCCGUCUUGCUACGUCUGGUCGCCGCUGACUUGGCCUACGGCCUGAAAUUGGAGUAGACGAGUGGACUAGCUUCGCGUUGAAGGUGAUAGAGGAGGUUGAGACAGGAGCUUACAAUGGGGGAGUCAGUACCAGCAACCUACACUCCCAAGAAUAUCCUGAUUACAGGUGCAGCGGGUUUCAUUGCUUCACAUGUAGCGAAUCGGCUUGUGCGCAACUACCCGGAUUACAAAAUCGUGGUGCUGGACAAGCUCGAUUACUGCUCGAAUCUGAAAAAUUUGAACCCAUCCAAGGCUUCGAAGAACUUCAAGUUCGUGAAGGGUGACAUUGGGAGUGCCGAUCUGGUGAAUUACUUGCUGAUCACUGAGGGCAUUGACACUAUUAUGCACUUUGCUGCACAGACGCAUGUGGACAAUUCAUUCGGAAACAGCUUCGAGUUCACCAAGAACAACAUCUACGGCACGCACGUGCUCCUGGAAGCGUGCAAGGUCACAGGGGUCAUUCGUCGCUUCAUCCAUGUCAGUACCGACGAAGUGUAUGGAGAGACAGAGGCCGACGCCAUUGUAGGAAAUCACGAGGCGUCGCAAUUGUUGCCCACGAAUCCCUACUCUGCAACCAAGGCGGGUGCUGAGAUGCUCGUCAUGGCCUACGGGCGCUCGUACGGGCUUCCAUUCAUCACCACCCGUGGAAACAAUGUCUACGGGCCCAACCAGUUCCCCGAGAAGCUAAUUCCCAAGUUCAUGCUCUUGGCCAUGCAAGGGAAGGUGCUGCCCAUCCACGGCGACGGAAACAACGUGAGGAGCUACCUGUACUGCGAGGAUGUGGCCGAGGCCUUCGAGUGCGUGCUGCACAAAGGAGAGAUUGGUCAUGUCUACAACAUCGGCACCAAGAAGGAGCGACGCGUGCUGGACGUAGCCAGAGAUGUGUGCAAUCUGUUCAACAUCAAUGCCGAUGAUGUCAUCCAGUUCGUUGAGAACAGGCCGUUCAACGAUCAGAGAUAUUUCUUGGACGAUGCGAAGCUGAAGGAUCUCGGAUGGGCCGAGCGAACCUCGUGGGUCGAAGGGCUGAAGAAGACGAUGCAGUGGUACAUUUCCAACCCCGACUGGUGGGGAGAUGUGUCCGGCGCCCUCGUGCCCCACCCGAGAAUGCUCCACAUGGCCGGAGAAGAGAAGUUCAACUCUCAGGCAGACGAGGAGAAGGUGAAGAGCAAUGGCAACGAAUCCAUCGCUGUCAAGUCCACCUCCACCAGCGGGAUGGUCGUUCCUCCCACGAAGGUCGCAGCCGCAGCCAAGCCCACGUACAAGUUCUUGAUCUACGGUCGCACCGGAUGGAUUGGAGGACUUCUCGGUGACAUCUGCAACAAGCAGGGCAUUGAGUUCGUCUACGGAAACGGUCGCCUCGAGAACAGAGCGGAUUUGGAGGCCGACAUCGCCAAUGCCAAGCCUACUCAUGUUUUCAAUGCUGCAGGUGUCACAGGACGGCCUAAUGUGGAUUGGUGUGAGAGCCACAAGACCGAGACCAUCAAAGCUAACGUAGUUGGUACCUUGACAUUAGCUGAUGUUACCCGGCAGCACGGUCUGUUGCUGGUGAACUUCGCAACAGGAUGCAUUUUCGAGUACGACGAAGGCCACCCACUUGCAAGCGGUAUUGGAUUCAAGGAGGAAGACACCCCUAACUUCACUGGCUCAUUCUACUCCAAGACCAAAGCCAUGGUUGAAGAGCUUUUGAAGAAUUACGAGAAUGUGUGCACGCUUCGAGUACGGAUGCCCAUCACCUCGGACUUGAAGAACGCCCGCAACUUCAUCACCAAGAUCACGCGCUACGAGAAGGUUGUGAACAUUCCCAACAGUAUGACGGUUCUCGACGAGCUUCUACCCAUCUCGAUCGAAAUGGCCAAGAGGAAUUUGAAGGGAAUCUGGAACUUCACCAACCCAGGAGUUGUGAGCCACAAUGAAAUCCUCGAGAUGUACAAGGAAUACAUCGACCCGUCUUUCAAGUACUCUAACUUUACUCUCGAGGAGCAGGCUAAGGUGAUCAUUGCGCCAAGGAGUAACAACGAAUUGGAUGCCACGAAACUUUCUACGGAGUUUCCGGAAAUGCUCUCCAUCAAGGAUUCCUUGAUCAAGUUUGUAUUUGAGCCCAACAGGCAGACCCCCCUUAGAAAUUGAGCAGCUCCAUGAGAAUUGUUAGUCCUCCAGUUUUUGUUUGGAUGCCAAGUAUUAGUUAAAGCUCUUGCGUCAUCAAACAAAUAAUUUUUUUAACCUUCUGUCGAAUACCUUCAUACAUAAAGUCGUCCACAUUCUUUUGCUGGGUAAUUACGCCAGCAAGC